UUCAGUACCAAGAGCAGUAACCCCAAGCUACACUCGGGCUUACCCUGCGGCGUUGCUCAGGGAGUCCCUGCAGCACUUACCUUGUCCUUCGCUCCCGCGAUGUGUCCCCUGCAGCGUCCCCGGCCAUCUCCUCCGGCCGAUGCCGGCAUCCGGCUUCCGUGUUCUGGUCCCUGUGACGUCGGGACGUACGGGGGCGUCCCGUUGAAAUUUUAAAAAAAUGUCAUUUUUUUUUUAAAUGAUUAUUAUAUAUGCUUUGUCCUGUGCCCUGCCUGCAUUUUGACUGUUCUUUCUG